AUGGACCUUGCUUUAGGGAAUUACCCAAGUGUCAGUAGUUAUGCUGUCAAAAUUGCAAAAGCACAAUGUUGUGCAUCACACCUAGGGGGAAAGGAUUCCGCGGAUAAUGAAUAUUGCCAUUAUUUGUAUUUUUGGACAGGGGAACUCUUAUCGGGCAAAUUAAAGGAUCCUGACUUUAAGAAGGCUAUGGAGGAGAUCUAUAAAGAAAUGGAGAACUAUGAUAGCAGAUUUAAUUGUAAAAAUUUAUGCCCCAAUGUUAACAAGGACGAAUUCGAUAAAAGGAAAGUUGCAUAUGAGUACCUUCAGAACUAUGCAACUAUACACCAAAAACUAACUGAAAACAACAAAUUCUGUGAUAGUAUCUGCUCUGAUUACCUGAUGAGUACUUAUAAAACCUACAGUGAAGUAUAUGAGAAGUGUGUACCCCUCACUUCUAAUAGUGAAGCAUAUUGUACAACAUUUCUGAAGGAGCAUGCGCAACAUCAGGAUGGUGAUCAACAAAAACUACAAAAAUUGCAAGAACUAAAAUGUAGCACAAAACAUACCGGGGACGAUGCAAUAGUCGGGAGGCACGCAGUAACUCAUUUACCAGAAAUUGUUACAGCGAGACAGGAGACUCUGUCUACAGUGCAGGAACAAUCACAAUCUCACACAGCAAUGGCCCCCACCUCUACCACCCCCGCUAUUGCUGUCUCCUCUGCAAUGGUUACCAUAGGGUUACCAACACUGGCAUACUUUUUAUAUAAAGCGCAACAACUAUAA